AUGUAUUCUCUCAGGCACGAAUUUCGAAGCUUCGGAAACUUGUCUUUCCCGACUAGAAUAAAUCUUCGGUGGUGUUGUCGGUCGAGCGUGAAGACGGCGAGGAGCAGCUUGGUUGGGUCCGUUUCACUGACCCGCAUUUCCUCGACUCGCCGGUGUACUUCGCCGAUGAGACACAAUCUCCUCGCUAUUCCUUGCAUGGCUGGCUCCCUCUGGUCUCACCCCAUAGCGACGUCAGAUGAGGUUGGGGUUCUGUUGCAGGCUCUCUCCGUCUCUCCCUCUCGAACACUCGAGACCAGGGUCACUGUUCAGGCGAAGCCCCUUCCUCCACCAAAGCCGCUGGACCCGCCUGACCCACUCCCGUUAUCGACGCGCUCGCUCAACCCUGCAAUGUUUCGUCACCGUAACUGUCGCUCCUCAGAUCCGAACGGCACGAGAUCUGGGGAGUCGCCACGUUUCUCUUGCCUUAGUGGCUCAACAUCUCCGACUGGUGUUGUCCAGUACCCAACCCACCACUGUCCCAGAACUUUGGGUCUCCCUAGUCGGCAGUUGGAGGGGAUCAGAGAUGUCUCCACCGGAUAUGACUCAUCGCCGCUCUUCUAG